GGUUUGAUGCAGGAACAUUAUAUCUGCUCUGUUUCUUAUGAAUUCAGAUCUUGGAAAUUAUUGAGGAUAUUACAGAUGAGAAACUCUCUGCUUAAGAUUUACUUAUCAAUAACUACAAAGAACCUUUCUAGGAAAGGUGAGACUAAUGCAUGAGGCAGGCUACGAGAUUGGAAACUUGGAUGCUACCUUAAUCUUUCAAAGGCCAAAACUCAGUCCUCACAAAGAAGCUAUCAGGGCCAACUUGUCUGAGCUGCUAGGAGCCAACCCUUCUAUCGUAAAUCUCAAGGCAAAAACACACGAGAAGGUCGACAGCCUCGAGGAAAAUCGAAGCAUCGCAGCUCAUACAGUGAUCCUUUUGAUGAGAAAAUAAAACCUGUCUUUGGAUGACAUAAUAAGUAUCGGAAUUGCAUUCUCCUGUUAUAGCCCAUUGAUGACCACUGUAAUCCAAUAAAGUUAUCGAUGGAUU